AUGUCAGUCUGCGCCAAAUGCGAGAAACCGCUCGAAGUGCACAUCGAGCCCGACUCGGACGAGGAGGAUGAUGAUGGCGAAGACGUGCCCAUGAGUGGCGGAGGCCCGUCCGAGGCACAAUCACAUCAGCAGCAACAGACGACAGUCCCGGACGACGUGCAGCUCUCCUGCGGCGAUCACUUCCACUGGGAAUGCCUACUCGACACCUACGAGCUUGACAAAUGCCCGCAAUGCUCGCGCGACAUCACGGCCGGAGCCUCUGCUUCAUCAUCCUCUGCAGCAACAGCAGCAGCAACCCCGCAGAUUCUGGUUGAUAUGAACAACGAAGGUGGAUUGCAGAGGCAGAUCGACAUCUUCCCUAUUCUCAAAGAGGAGUCGUACCUCCGCGCCUAUCCGGAAGAGCGCAAAUGCCGGGCGUUUCUGGAGUUCUGCAGAGAAGGCGACCAUCGCGCCAUUGCGGAACUGCUGAAAAGCUGCGGUGAAGACGACGACGAAGAAGAUGAAGACAUGGACGAUGGACCCAGCAAGUCAGCCGAUGAGGUUCUUCGCUAUCAGGAUCCGAUCGGGGACAUGCAGUCUGGACUGCACGCAGCUGCAGCCAAUGGGCAUCGUGAGGUUGCUUGGAUGCUGUUACUUCUUGCAAGCAACUACUCGGAGCUCGAGUUCCCGGCGCUCGUCUUCCAAGAAGCCGCGACACUAGGCGUGAUGCGCGAGGAACAGGACGACAAAGUCGACAUUCGCAGCCUGAGAGACGCGCAUGGCAGGACGGCGGAAGAUGUGGCAAGGGAAGCCGGAGUCGUCUGGAACGGUUGGGUUGGAAAUGGGAGACUCGCGAUUUCCUGA